AUGUCGUCUCUCUCGGCGGCUGUGAGUGUCCCAUAUCCGAUCCCAAGGGAUCCGUCGUCGCGUCUCCUAGUGCCGCCGCAUAACGAGUUGAUGGGGGAACUCGAUAGCUCUGCCUCUCACGUACACGCAAGAGUCAUGAUGAUGAUCAAGCUGUCGAAUCUCGAAGCGGCGGCGAAUCAGGCGCUUCUCACAGUCUCCGCGGCGAGAGACCGAUCAUCAUCUUCCACCGCGACAUGCGACGCUAUUAUCGGCGCCAUGUGUCGUGCGGGACGGUACAAUGAAGCGUUCGAAUAUUUCCAUUACUUCUUCAACGAAUCAAACCUGAAACCAAACAUAUCCUGCUUCAAUCACAUCAUCAGAGCUCUCUGCAACCAAGGUCGUGUUGACGAGGCUCUCCGAUUUCACCGCGUCUGCUCUUCUUCUCCACCCAACGAAGAAACAUACAGCUUAUUGGUUAAAGGAUUGGUUGAUGCGGGAAGGAUUCAAGAAGCAGAGGCUUUAAUCAUGUCCGAAUCUCAGCCAAGUCCGGUUGUGUUCAAUCAUCUGAUCCGUGGGCUUUUGGAUCAGGGCAAACUCGAAACCGCCAUGGACGUUUUUAGACAUCUGAAACAAAGGGUUGUCUCGUCUGCAGAUGAUGAAAUUGUUGACUUGGUUCUCCUUAUCAUCGAUGAGGAUUACAAUGAAAUUGCGAUGGUGACUGCUACAUUCGUAGAGUAUUGGUUCAAACAAGGUAACGAUGAAGAAGCUAUCAAGUGGUACACGUCUUUGUUAGGCAAGAAUUUCGUUAUGAACGCCAUUACUGGGAAUAAUCUUCUGCGAAUUCUUCUUCAUUACGACAAGAAAACAGAAGCGUGGGCAUUGUUUGAUCGGAUGCUGGAGGACCAUCAGUUUAAUGCAGAGACAUGUAACAUAAUGGUCAACGAAUGUUUCGCGAACUCGAGGAUUGACGAGGCAGUCAAUACUUUUCAUCGAGUAGGAACCAACGUCAAUGUCUCACAGCUUUGUUACAGGAACAUAAUUAGUCGAUUCUGUGAGCAAGGGAUGUUGUCUGAAGCAGGUGCUUUCUUUGAAGAUAUGUGUUCCAAGCAGUUCAUCAUCCCAGACAUCCCCACUUAUAGGAUAUUGCUCGACGCCUAUGCUAAUGGAUCGAGAUUCGAUGAUGCUCAACGGAUGGCGAACCUUACCGUUGAUGCGAAUCUCAAGUGUAUUGCUAAGAUUUGUCCCCUAGAUUGA